AUGACAAGCAAAGCAGAAAAGUUGAGGCAACUCUUCGCAGGAAGCGCCACUGAGAGUGAGGAUACUGCCAGUGCCAAGACGAAGAAGGAGCGCUUCGAGGAGCAGAGUUGGGACUCACUGAAGUCGAGUCUCUAUUACGAGAUUCUGCGGGAGCACAGAGAUGUCAUCAUCGAUUCGAUGUCCAAGAGCACCAUCCACAGUGCUCUUGAUCUGAGAGACGGGUUCUAUCAGAUCCUAAUGCGACGGAAGGACGCCCCCGCGGCCUUCAACAGAUGCGUCACGCAUCUAUUACGCUCGGGUCGUGAUCGAGUCGUCUACUACCCGUCGCGUCAGCUGAAGCAAGCUGGGCGAAACUACCCUGUGGAUGACAAGGAACUUCUUGCCAUGAAGUAUGCACUCGCGAUGUUCCGAGUGUACUUACUCGGGAACACACCGUUCGUGGUCUAUACGGACCACGCGUCGUUGCGGACGGCUGUGAAGUCUCCGCACAUGUCGCAACAAAUGGCGAGAUGGUUGUCCUUCUUCGCGGAGUACAACUUCCGGUACAAGUGGGUGCGCAAGUACGUGCGUACUUGCGAUGUGUGCCAGCGAGUGAAGCCUGCGGCUCACUUGCAGGCUCCUCUGCAACCACUACCGACUCCGUCGGAGUGUUGGGAGUCCAUCUCGAUGGACUUCGUGUUUGGUCUUCCGCGCGAUUCCAGGCAGAAGACUGGUAUUGUGGUCUUUGUGGACCGCAUCAGCAAGAUGGUGCAUCUCGCUGCUGUCGCAGCGGAGGUGACCCCCGUACAGACGGCACGUCUGUUCGUCGAAAUGGUGUUCAAACACAAUGGCACGCCAAACGGCUUUGUGUCCGACCCGGACUAUCCGCAGAUGGACGGGCAAACCGAGCGCGUGAACCGCGUGCUCGUGGACUUGCUGAAAAACUACUUCCAGUCGUUCCACAACUGGAACGACUACAUGCCGAUGGCUGCGAUUGCCAUCAAGAACGCGGUGCAUGCCUCGACGGGGCAUGCACCGUUCUUCGUGAACGCCAUACGGCAUCCACGCCUUCCGAGAACGCUCGGGGCGGUGGCUUCCUCCUUAAGUGGGGGAGAAUCUACGGUUGCGUCCAAACAACCGCAGAAGACAGCUGAAACGGAUAUAUCAGCUGCGACAACACGUGCGAGAGCGAGAGCCCGCACACGACAAGGCGACGUGUCAGCGCCGGUCACUGACACUGGGAGGAACUACAAGCAGGCGACACCUGUGUCAGUGCGGGACACAGAAACCGCGAAGACUCACGCACAGGCCGGACCUGUUACACGCACAAGUGAUGUAUCGAUGCCGAGCAUCGAUCCUGAGAAGAUUCACGCACUGGCGGGGCCUGUUGCGAACACACACGAAGUGUCAGUGCCGGGCACUGACACCCAAAAGAGCCACGCACAGUCUGGGACUGAUGCGACUACAAAUGGCGAGUCUGUGCAGACCACAGACGCGGACAAGACCAACGAGCCGGACCCGGGGUUCAGCUCUCAAGCAAUGGACUUUGUCCAGGAACGACAAGCAGUCGUUCGAUUUGUACAAGAUGCAAUUGCAGCUUCUGCGGAUAGGCAGAAGCUGAACACAGACAAUGUUGGCAGGGGUAAUACAACUGAAUUCAAAAUUGGUUCAUUGGUUUUGUUAGCUACGCAAAACUUGCCUGCUCAUGCGGUUUCUGGAUUUGGAGCAAGCAAGCUUGCCCCGCGCUUCAUCGGACCGUUCAUGGCGACAAAACGUCACGGCAAUGCAUACACGUUGGAACUUCCUUCCGACAUGAGACUCCACCCAACGUUCUACGUUGGGCGCUUGAAGCCAUACGUGCAGCCCGAGUCAUCUAGUCGUGACGACUCGCCGACGACGACGCGCGGCGCGACCUCAGCUUCUCCUAAAGCCGCUUCGCUUCACCUGGAGAAGGCGAACUUGUUCCGACACCUCAACACGCAUGUUUGA